GGGCUUGGACAUUAGCCUAAAAAGUCCCGUGGUUUUCUCCCUUUCGGGUUUCCACGUAAAAACUGAGUGUUCAUACAUAUAUUUACUAUAUCGUGUUGGAUUAAACUCAACACUGGCGCCGUCUGUGGGAAUCUGUCCAAAAAGAUUCAUGUGUUUUACUGUUCUUGAGUUUCUACAAAAAAUUCAUACGGAUGAACUCAAUUCCAGUGAAAAAGAAGAAAAAAUUCAAGGAAAAAAGAUUCUGGAGAAGGAAGAAACGAAGGAGCUCCGGAUUCUGACAGUCACAAUCUGGAUUUUUCUUUCAGAUCUGUUUUCUGAGGUCGCCUGAGCCGCCGUCACCAUCCCCGCUGCGGUGGGCCUCCGGCGAAUUCAGCCGCAACAGAUGAAGAUGCUGCCGCAUCCCAGGUCUCAACAUCUCGGUCCAAGGAGAACUCCAUCGCAGCAGCGCUUUUCAUCGGUCAGAGCUGGGUUCUCCAAACUUCGAUACAGCGCCGUCGUUCAUCGCCGGCGACGAACCGGUAGUCACUCUUCCACCUGGUUAGUCGCAGAGCAAGCCUCCACCGGCCGUACUGAUCUCCUGACGCGACAAGAGGGGUCUGCCGGUCAUGAAUUCGAUUCCGCCAUUAAUGGUGGCUUAGAGCUCCGCGAAGAUACAUUUUGAAGCUCCGCCGGACCCCACCAAGGCCGGCCUCCGUCGCACCCCUUGCACCGCGGCAACCGCCCGCACCGCCGUCGGUAAGUGGCCGGCUCAAGCAGGUUGGCUUCUGGUCAGUGAAAGGAUGUUCUAGCUCUCUCUCCAAAGGAUACGGAGUACUG